AAGUGGAGUGAACUAAAGGACCAAAAGAAAAGGAGAAAAAAAAAAAAAAAACGUAAUCGGUAAGCAAAAUCAGAUCUUGCUCGACGACCCUAUGGGAUUACUGUCCAACCAAAUCUCCAGAGAUGAUCUGAAAGCAGGAGAUCACAUCUACUCUUGGCGUAACGCUUAUAUCUACUCUCAUCACGGAAUCUAUGUAGGCGAUGAGAAGGUGAUACAUUUCACUCGUGGAGGUGGUCUCGAAACCGGAACAGGGACUUUCCUGGACAAUUUCAUCACUAGCUCAGUUCCGAAUCAUGGAGGAGGCAACAACCCUUGUCCUAAGUGUGGAGAUCAAUCCAAACUCGACGGUGUAAUCUCUUCUUGCCUUGAUUGCUUUCUCGCCGGAGGAAACCUUUAUCUCUUCGAGUACGGUGUCUCUCCAGCUUUCUUUAUCGCAAAGCAACGGGGAGGUACUUGCACGACUGCAACUUCAGAUCCUUGUGAUGACGUCGUUUCCCGUGCUGAGUUCCUCUUAUUGCGAAACCGGUUUGGUGCUUACAACCUGUUUGAGAACAAUUGUGAAGAUUUUGCUACCUAUUGCAAAACUGGUUUGGUUGUCAUGUUAAAGAUCAAGCUUGGAAGUAGUGGUCAAGCCAAUUCCGCGUCUGUAGCAGGCGAUGCUGUUUCUUGGGCGAUUGGUCUUUUUGGGAUGGUGAAGUCUGGUAGAACAGCUUCGGUGGUUUCUUCAACACUUGGAUAUGUAGUUACAGGUUUUGGUGGUGUGGUGUUGGUAGGGACUGUAGGGUAUGGUAAGUACUGUUUUGAUCGCCUGCGUUCCGACAUUGGUAUGAGAUCCGAUGCUACUAAGGUUCCUGUGGAAAGACUCGUUUCCAUCAUUGAAGUCAUGGAAGGCAGAUCUACUGAUGUCAUGGAAGGCAGAUCUAUGGAAGUCAUGGAAGGCAGCUUGGAGGACAACAAGAAGUCUAGUUAGUUAUUUGAUGACUAACAGUUGAGUGAGAGGGAGGAUCGUGCUUUCUCUGCUUUGUUUGUAUUGUGAAAACUGUAUUUUAACUAUUAGUCAAGUGGAAAAAUACAGUUUAAUAACAUGAUUUUUCCAAGAACUGUACUCUUGUAGACUCAGAUAAAAUUGAAUUCCAACCAAAAUUAUCUCGGUACUCUGCAA